CAUGCUUCUUGGGUGAAUCAGGAUGAUGAUGAAGCCGAUACGGUAGGUUGCUGUACAUUAAAAGUGGAAAAUGUUACAUUACUUCCUCCAAGUUCAUUACAGUUUGAUUUCCUCGGUAAGGAUUCCAUCAGAUAUUUCAACACAGUGGAGGUUCUGCCUCCUGUAUAUAAAGCUAUAGGAGAUUUUGGUUCUGGGAAAAAGGAAGGAGAUGAUCUUUUUGACAAGCUGGAUACGAGUAAACUGAAUGCUCAUCUCAAGGAAUUAAUGCCUGGCCUCACUGCAAAAGUUUUCCGUACAUAUAAUGCAUCUGAGACUUUGGACCGACUGGUACUACUAGAAUGUUUUUCAUGCUUGGGCUCUUGAAGUUCAAAUUUUGCACACUAUCUGCAUUUUUAUGAUCGCUCUCUCUAUCUCUCUCUCCAUGCGUGGGUUGGUGUGUGUGCUUUCUCUCUGGGUGGGUGGAUGUCG